GCAAUGCGACAACUGCUUUAACACAGUUCUAAGAUUGUUAACAUUUUUUAGAUCUUGGUAAACAUGUUACUGUAUGUGGCACUGCCAGAUGAAUGACCUAAUAGUUCAACUAGGAUUUCUGUCCAUUCUUAUUUCAUCGAGUUUUGCCUCAAAUUGUAGAGACGGUCUUUUAAGUUGCGGAGAGGAUUCUCAAGAGUGUUACCACCCGGCUUUUAUCUGCGACGGAUCUGUGGAUUGCGCAGACACGGGGAAAGAUGAACUAGACUGCGACACCCACACGUGUGCCGCUGACCAGUUCCAGUGUAACCUUGGUAACUGUAUUCCUGCCUCUAAGAAAUGUGACCACGUACCAGACUGCUAUGAUAACUCUGACGAGCAGGAUUGUGUGUGGGUGUGUGACGAGACGCGCGAGUUCAAGUGCGCACAUACGGGCAAAUGUAUCACGCUCGAGCAGCGCUGCGACGGAACCCUCAACUGCGGCGACUUUGACGAUUCAGAUGAGAUGGAGUGCGGAGGGGUUUGUGGAGACCGUCAGUUCCACUGCUCGCGCAGCACGACCGGCAGGCCGUGCAUCAGCGCGAAGUGGCGCUGCGACGGAGUUCAAGACUGUGCUAACGGAGAGGACGAGGCUAACUGCCGUCGACCUUGCGCAGAUGGUCUGCUGUGUGACGCAGAUACGCGCUGUAUACCCUCCGCGCAGAUCUGUGACCAACACCCCGACUGUAAUGAUGGGUCGGACGAGAACCCCAACACUUGCUUAUCGUAUUGUGACCCCCCAAUGUGGGCCUGUGGUGGUCAGGGGUAUGGUUACUGUAUAAGCUCUGACUUCAUCUGUGACGGACACACCGACUGUCUGGACCAGUCUGAUGAACUGAACUGUGGAGAGAACACACCCUGUAGAGGAGGGUUGAAGUGCGGUGACGGAGUUUGUGUUCCUCUCGAGUGGAAGUGUGACGGACACUCGGACUGUAGUGACGGCUCUGAUGAGCUCAACUGUGAUGUGUGCGAAAAGACCGAGUUCAAGUGUUCCAACAAGACCUGUAUAAACCAGGAGUUGGUUUGUAAUGACAUCACUGACUGUCCUUCCAAUAAUGACGAGGUUCAUUGCUUGAAGAGCGGAGAUACUUGUGAAGGAGGUUUCAAAUGUAACUCAACUAACAAGUGCAUUCCUAAUCGCCUAAUCUGUAACCAGGUUGAUGAUUGUGGGGACGCGAGUGAUGAGACCCCAGGGUGUCUUCCUUGGAACAGUUGCUCAGACAAUAACGGGGGAUGUGAUCACGUGUGCGAGCCUCAGCCGAACAGCACACACGUGUGCACGUGUCACCAUGGUUACCAUCUAGCUGAUAACAAUCUAUCUUGUUCUGAUAUUGACGAGUGUGGAGGGACGGAGCUAGCUUGUUCCCAGUUCUGUACCAACACUAACGGUUCUUAUCACUGCUCAUGUGACUCAGGGUAUGAGCUAGGGGAGAAUGGGCAGUCUUGCUCUGCAACAGAUACUGUAGAGCCGUACAUCGUGUUCAGUAAUAUCCUGGAAAUGAGGAAGACUGAUGUGCACGGAUCGCGGAUGGACACCCUCUUCAGAACUAACCACAGCAAUAUCAUAGACUUCGAUUACAGACAGGAAGUUUGGUACUGGGUUUCCACUGAUGAGCACAGAAUUGUCGGGGGAAUACAGUAUGAGACGGCGGUUAACAGACGAUUCUUUAAUAACACAGGAAUAGAGCGGAUAAUCAGCGACAAAUAUCUCACCAUACAUAACCUAGCAGUCGACUGGGUCACCAGAAUGUUGUACAUAGUUGGUAAGAACGAGUCCCAAGGUCUACUUUGUGUGAUCGAGCCUACAGAGGGAAGUGUGCUGACUCUUCUAUCUGAUAAUGUUAGGGAUCCUUACUCAAUCGUCCUGGACCCGAGGGACGGGUUGAUGUUCUGGACUGAUAUAGACACAAAAGAACCAGGUAAAAUAGAGCGAGCCCGCAUGGACGGUACAGGACGUGAAGUGCUGGCUGAUAAUGUGGGAUGGGCUAACGGGAUAACUGUGGACUACGCUAGAAGAGUUAUUAUCUGGAUAGACGCUGGGAUGGUAGACCAGACCUCGUUCCCAGGCCGUAUUGAGGAGAUGGACUAUCAGGGAAACAACAGGAGAGCAGUUAAAUUCCUGACACCUAACGGGGCCAGACCGUGGUCUAUCAGCAUGUUUGAGGAUAGUUAUUACUGGACUGACAGUCAUGAUAACCAGGAGGCUCUCUUCAAGUGUAACAGGUUUAAUACAAGUCAAACAGAGCAGAUAAGAAUGAGAUUACACGUACCAAUGGGAGUGAAAGUAGUUCACCCCCUCCGUCAGCCAGCAGCUGUGAACUAUUGUAGCAACAAAACCUGUUCUCAUUACUGUCUACUCACUUCUGGGGCUGCUACUUGUCUCUGUCCAGAGGGACUAGUGCUACAGAACGGUACCCAGUGUGUACCUCCCACCUACGAGGUUAUCUGUCCCUCGUGUCCUCCUGACGUACCUUGUGUUAGAGUCAGUUCUACUGGCUACGGCUGUGUCUCCAGCACACCUACUGUCAAAACAGAUAAUGGUCUCAACAACAAAACUACAGAUACCACUGAUAGUAACAAGGUAGGAACAAUCUCCUGGUGGAUCUGUGUUAUCAUCGCCUCCCUCGUUAUCAUAGUUAUCAUUAUUGGGAUAGUGGGCUGCAAGAAGGCAGUUAGUCUCAGUUGCAAACCGUGCAUCAACAGAUUGGGGCAGCGUGCAACUCAGAGGACGGGGCAGGAGUAUAUGCAGAUCAGUCUACAAGCCACUCAGACCCACACGACUGAAGUAUGGGACGCAGAGCAGAGAAGCAAGAAAGAGAGUGAGAUAUGAAGACACAGGACACAGAUUAUGCAGAGCAGAUUGAAUCAUGUGCCUCAGAGUUGCGCGGCUCAGAUCACGUGCUACAGAUAAUAGUUCACGUGACAGUUACAGUCCCCCAGCCCUGACCUUCAGUUUCUGACAAGUCCAGAUACGGAUGACCUUACAUGGUAGUGUUACCAUGGUAACAUUACCUUAUAUGGUAUUAUAAGAAUGUGAUAUGGAUGACAUGUUGUGAGAAUAGCUCGACCGCCUCCAGCAGACAUUUAUAAUAGUUCUAUUUGUUGUAGACGCUAGUUUACUACUCCCUAUGAAAAUAACCUAAGAAAAGACAGUUGAAUCGAGCGAUUAGAAGUUGGGCUGCAUCCAGUAGAAUAUUGGUGAGCAACAAAAAAGAAACAUUAUCUGUUUACAUCCUCUUCAAAUUGAGAAACUCUUCAACAUUUCAACAUUACGAAAUUACGGGUACUCCUCGACAUUUCAACAUUACGAAAUACUGAGUACUCCUCAACAUUUCAACAUUACGAAAUACUGAGUACUCCUCAACAUUUCAACAUUAUGAAAUACUGAGUACUCCUCAACAUUUCAACAUUAUGAAGUACUGGGUACUCCUCAACAUUUCAAUAUUACGCAAUACUGAGUACUCCUCAACAUUUCAACAUUAUGAAACUGACUCCUUUAUCAAAAACUCUGUUCUCACGAAACCGCCUUGUAAAUUGUACACACAAAAACUUGUCACCUCAGCUUUAUCCCAAACACACACGGGAUUAUACUGUCAGAUUUAUUGAUACAUUCAUAAUUUUAUUUGACAGUAGACGUUCAAUUUCGCGAGGGAACAAUUCCGGAAAUGAAGGGAAUAUGAAUUGGGAAGAGAAGGGAAUAUUUUGCAACUGAGAAUCAGCUGAUAUCUCGAUUGUGGAUCACGUGUCACGUGUUUAUUUAUGUUUUUAACUAAAAACGUUCGUUAACUUAUUAGGAGCUUUGUUUUGUUUAAAUAUCCCACUUUAAUUAAAUACUUGGGUAUUAGUAUUACUUAUAUAACAUGUUUUCUAAUUUAAUUUAUUUCUCAAACCACUUUGGCCUUUUAGUAGCAUAACUCAACUCCGCUUGAGACACAGCAUAAUUGAAUACCAGUUUUUACAUGAUACGCUAUUUUUUAUCUUAAUUUUAGUUUGUACAGGGCCGGCUCAAAGUACAAGCUAGUUACUGGGUAAUAUUUUAUCAGAUUACUUUUAACACUUGCUCCAUCAUGUUAUAAUAAUACUGGGUAGGAAUCUGAUACGGAAGUUAAAGGAUAUAUAACGCGCGUGUGGUUUAAUAACGAUAUGUAGAUACUAGAUAUUGUCUAGAUAUAAUGGACUAUAAUGGUGUUGGAAAACUCCCCCUUUACUGAUCUAAAAACAUAUUUACUGUUUAAUGAUUUUAUACUUGAUACGUGGGUACGAGUUGUUUACUGCUGCUCCUUUAUAAAGACAACUUGUGUGAUGAUGAGAGCACUGGAAUUGCUAUAUUCGUAGCAUAAAUACGCUUUCAUUUGAAGUUGAUUAACUUUUUUUGUAAAGUUGGUCGACUUUGAUUUAAAGUUAAAACUGUUGGAUGGUAUAAAUGGUUUGUAUUGUAUCCAAAACAUUUGGGAUCAGUUGCUUAUUUAUUUAAAAACCUCACGUUCUCAUUUUAUUAUUGAAACGAUUGAUCCCGGAUUUCGUUGGUUUUCCAGUUUCCACUAUGUGGAGAUGAUACCGAUACUAUAUUAUUAAUACUCAGAAUCCAGAUUGAAUAUGACAACGAAUUUUCAAAAUUUUUAAAAUGCUGUAUCGGUAUGAUCAUGAAGGCUAAUAUUGAUGAUUUUAGAAAUUAGAGUUUACAUUAUAUUUAAAAGAAACGCAAACUUCCUUAAAUCAGCUGAUUUAUUGGCACACUGGUUACCAUGGAAACAUGAAAACUGUGUACACUGCUUAUGAUGACUACUUUGGUUACCCUGACAACUGAUGUUAGGGUACACUCAGUGGUUACCUGUAACUGACUGCGCGGCUCAGUUUAUUUAAAGGGUAAAAUAAUACACUUCAUGAAAGUUUCACUCAUUAUGAUUUGAUCAAAUAGGCUUGAAAUAAAAGACACAUUUUUGUUGUCCGUUUCAUCCAAAUAAAGUGUUCAUUUACCUGAACUGAUAACUGUUGAGCCGUGCAAUCGAGCGAUGGACUUAGUGUGAGACUAAGUGGGAGUAACGAGUGUGAUAUUUUCAGGAUAUUUAGCCGUUAACUUUUAAAACUAAAAAAGAAACCUAAGAGUAAGACUUUGAGUGAAGAAAGUACAUGACUCGUAUUUCUACAUGAUGCUAUAUUAUAUACAUUUGAGAAUUUCAUAUAGAAUUUUCCUAACAUCUGAACCUUUAUCCGUUCAACUUUAAGCGAGUAUUACUAAUAAUUAAUUAAUUGCUUAAUUAAUUACUAUUAACAGCAACGCCGUAUUGAAUAUGCGCAGCGCUUUUAGUACAAUUUCCUCACCGCCAAG